AUGAGUUACACAAGAGCUGUUUCCUUUAAUGACUGGGUCUGGGUGAAAGACAAAGCUUUUUCUGUGCAAGGUGAUAACUGUGUGGCAACAUUCCUGGUUGAAUGGAAUGACGUAGACUGUAUGUUUGCUGUCACAAGUCGGUUUCGGAGUAGAGUUGCUAGGGACACAGAAGACAAUUCAGAGACAGGAGCUUUCAGCAUUAGUGCAGUACAUGGCAUUCACCAUACUUUGCAAGGACUUAGUAAUGGGAUGCCUAAACUGCCGCCGGAUUUGCCUAAAGAACCUAAAGGACUGAAGGCUGUGUUUGUGGGCAUGCAGAUGCCGCAGGACAAGGUGAAACUGUGCAGAGAUUUGGAGAAAUACUUUACUGUUGCAGCAGAGAAAGUUGGGUCAAGAGUGUUACAUGAGGUGAUGUUUGAAGCAUCUGCUCAUACAGUGGAAAACUACUAUGAGCAGAUGUCUGAAGUACACAGAAAUGACUUGUCACAGAAAAUCAGUGUUUUGGAGGAUCAGCUGAAAAAUAUUGCAUUUGAAAGGGAAAACUGCACUGUCAUGAAGGACCUGGAGGAUGUUUACAAGAGAGAGGAUGAGGCCGUUUUACAUCUGAUGUCUGCUCUUGCAGAUUACUAUAACUAUGAAUUACAGCCCUACUUAGACAGCCAGUCAUUGGCCAGUCAAAAGAUUCAACAUUACAGCGAGCAGAUUAAAAAUCCAAACCUUGGAGAACGGAUAAAAAAUGAGAGUAAGGAGCAGCACUUGUACUGGGGCUGUCUUCUAAUGGAAGCUAAAGAUGUUAUAGUCAAGUUCUAUGUUGAGCAUCAGGCAGAAAUUGUAUCUAUAUUUCAAGAACUUAUUGAGCAGAUGAAGAUAGAUAAGAACAGGUUUGGGCCUAGUGCUUUCGACUUGGUUGCUGCUGAUAGAGAGCUUCUCUUGUAUAAAGAGUUACAUACAGCGAGAAUGAAACUGCUGCAGAACAAACGGAAACAACUCAGGCAAGAAAAAGACAAAAUUGAAAUGCAGAUUCCUGAUGAAAACACAGAAAAGGACAAUUAUGAAGCCAAGAAAUUACUCGGUGAAAAAAACAAACUGCAGGAGAAAAUAUGCAACAUAGAAUUGGACAUUUUAAAAGAAAAAAUCAAGCUUAUAAACAUAAAGAUUGAUAUACGAAGAAGGGAGCUAUCAGAUGCUGAAGAGGAGGCGAUUGUUUUUCAUGAUGCUGUGGAAGAUGUUGAGCAGUUGUCUGAGGAUGAAAAUGAUAAUUCUUCAGCUGUUACAGACGAGGAGCUGACUAAACUCAAGCAAGAAAGAACAAAAGUAUUUCAGCACCAGUCAAAAAUUAGAGCAAAGAAGGAGGUGUUUAUGAGUUCUAUUCGGUCAAAAAAGCUUGAAACUGAAGAGGAAGAGAAAAAACAAAUACUUCAUCACCAAAUUCAGAAGAAGAGAGACCAGCGAAAAGAGGAAGAAAAGGAGAAACAAUCUUUAGUGUUUGAAGAGCGGAAGAAAACAGUGGAAAGAUUAAAGAAAUAUAAUAUGAAGUAUGCCAGCCCUGCAACAAUUAAACCUCUUCGAUAUCAAAAGGGCAGUGAAAAGCAGCCGGCAAUAUCGAAGCCAGCUAGCCAACCUUCAUCAAGGUCAUCCUCCAGUAGUGCAAGUAGCAGCAGAAAGAACAGUACCACAGAAAAGUCAAAAAUUGUUCAAAAACCUUGGACACAGCCACAGAAGAAAGUUAAUAGGAAAACAGAAGACAUACCUGUGUCAAUACAUGUAGCCAAAGACAUUGGUCAAGGGUUAGUGAAAGAAGGGGAUAGUUCUCCGACUGCUUCAUCGCCUGGACACCCUGAGCCCAUCCAGUCUCCAGGUUCCACAACAGUUCAGUCACAUCCCCCUUUACCUCCACCUCCCCCGCCACCUCCCCCUCCACCACCACCACCUCCUCCUCAACUACCAUCACAGCCGCCAUUUGUACUGAAAGUUACUAAUGGCAUUGGCAGUCCUGGUGAAGGUACUGGUAUACUUAAAAAGGUCGGAGAGACGGACUCCAGCAAACAAUCAAGUCAGCCUGCACACAUUGACCUUGAUAGCAUCCUUGCUUCCCGGUCAAGGUUAAGGCCUGCAACAGAGAGGAAAGAUAGAUCACCAGUUACUCAGGAUACAGAUCCCCGAGCGGUGUUUUUCAACAUGAUUCGUUCAGGUGUCAGUCUCAGGAAAGUAGACACCGAUCAGGCUGGAGGUGAUCACCAGAAUGAACUCAUGAGUGCAUCUUCCUCUUCUUCCUACGGUGGUGAUGUCAGAAGUCAGCUUCACAACACUCUGUUAAACAAGAUUGGUCAUGGAGUCAGGGGCUGUUCCCCAGAAUCAGAUGAUAACAGCAGUGACGAUGAUGAAUUUGAUGAUUAA